AUGAAUGUGCAAAACAAUUUACGGCUCACCGGCGUGCUCGUGCAGUUGAUGGUGUACAGUAUGGACAAUUUUGAGGACGAGAAGGAGAACUACACCAGAACCAGAAGCCCAAGCCGCGCCGCCGAUGGAGGAGCAACUGGUGUUUCUCCAGCCUCCGCCUCCACUGCAAACAAGUUAGAGAAACCUAGCACUACUGCGGGGGCCCAUCAAUCAAGAUCAUAUGCAGUUUUCUCUCAAGAGGAGCUGAAAAAGAAGAAUUUGCAGAGCAGCACGAGGUCUUCCUCGUCAUUUAUCAGACGAAGCAAACUUCGCGCUACCCUCUUCGUGUAUCCGGUUUUUCUCCUCGAGCACCCACAAAUUCUCCAGCUCUGGACCCAGCAAGGCUUCGACCUGCAGCCACGCGGCGCGUACAGGAGCAGUGAAGAUGAGAAUAGCCAGCUGCAGUUCAAUCUGUUAAGUCUAGCGAAUGGCGUGGUCUCCUUGAAGCAAAAACUCACGAAUGACAUCAUUGCGACCUACCGGACGUGGCAGAAGCUCGGCUUGGGACCGCCGAAAUUUGUGUUGCCAGAACUUCAGCAAGACAGUUCGAAACUUGCGGCUGUGGUGGCGAAUGACGGCGGGGGCGGGGGCCAAGGUACUAGUUUCUACUCUAGUUCGCAGCAGAUGAAUUAUGGGGAGGCCGGGACGACGAGCUACGACCAAACAGAAGCUAGUACCUCUUCCGCGCAGCAAUCCACGGAUGCGAUGGCCGCGGAGAUCUUCGCGAAGUUGAAAUGGACGGUGGUUGAGAAGCCGGUGUUGAUAAACAGUGAUUUCUUGGCCGAAAACAGCAUCUCGAAGAACGGUGUUGGCUCGAACCAACAGGUAAUCGAGGAGCAGACGGUGGAACGGCUAGUACUGACGGUGACACAGGACGACGAAGAGGACGAGCGGAAUUCAGGUAGUGACUCAACAUCUACAUCGUCCUGGGUUGGAUCUGUAGCUUCUUCCGCAGCGAGCGCCGUUGCUGGUGUGUCAACAUCUGCGUCUUCGGAAGCUGUUGGGUCUUCUUCAUCUUCUUCCGGGACGUCGAACACAGGAGGCGCUUCGGGGGAAUCUUCGGAGUCUGACAUUUUGGUCUUCGACGCCGAAGUUGGGCAACCGGUGGCGAGAAUAGCAAGCCAAUUUAUCCAGCAGAUCACAAAUAGCCACCUUCCACCGCGGCCCGGGCGCUUUGAUUCCUCAGCACCAGGCGGAGAAGGUCAAGAUCAAGACCAUCGUCGGAACAAGAUUAAUAUGCCACAACAAAACUACUAUAAAGUUCCCCUGAUUUCCCUGCACGAGUGCAAGAACCUGGCGCACAUUUCUGCGAUGGAAUCAUCGCUCUACUGGUUCAGCAUCAGUUUUGGCUGUUUGCUAGUCUUGCUGUUAAUCACCUUCGGCGUUCUGUUGAAGACUGAGGCGACGCAGCACAGCUUCUGUUCGGUAACUACCACAGGCGGAGGUGGAAAGAAUACAACAACCACACGGGUGGAGCGGCUCUACAGUGCGGUGAGAAAACAGGCGCAGCGGGCAACAGGAAGUGGAGCCGCGUUCGGGUCAUUCUCGAACAGAAAAACCCGCAGCAAAACUUCUGUUGCGUCUCUCGGCUCGGGGAGGGUGAGCAGGAACCGGAGUAAGGAAGAGGCGGAGUUUGGAAUCAUGGAUGAUGGAAGUGUAAUUGAUGGUUUCAGUGAGCAGGAAGACGAGCAAGAAUUUAACUUGUUCGGCGGCACGGGAACAAGAACAUCAUCAAGUAGAAUACAGAACCAGCGAAGUAGUCGAGGGUUCGGCUUUGGAUCCUUCUGGCGCGAGGAUUUUAGGUAUGUCUCCGUAAAGCAGGUCGACCCGGGGGGCGGAGGCGGCGUGGUGCCGAGCGUCUAUGGGGGAACGAGUGGUGCGGGCGGUGGUGUCAGUCUGUAGUACUCUGUCUAGAAGGCACGCUCGGCUCGUCGCGCAAACCGGUCGAUAAAGUGUUUUUAGGUCUACAUUGAGCAAUGAAUGGAUUCGCAAGAACAAUAUAGUAUUUACUGCUCCGCCCUGGUACUCGCUUGUUAUUUCCUGCGGGUGGUGUUGUAAACAGUGUUGAAGAUUCAAGUUCCAAUGAACGGGUGGGAGCUCGUCCCAUUCGCCUUCCACAAGCAU